CAUGUUGAUCUUCUUUACAAUAAUUUUUGCUGGAGGAAUUCAUGUCAGCGGAAUACUUCUUCACUGGAACAACCACGGCUUUUUCGAUCAAACAGCCGUGAAAUGGUGCCAUAUUCACGAGCUCUUAACUUCCCACGCCUCAGACUAGCAGAGGAUUGAUCACAGUUCUUUUUUCCUACAUGACCUGAAUGCAGCUUUGCCUAGCCCAGCAGCAACAAUGGCCACUAACUGUCAGAUAUGGAGACCGGAUCGAGGACGGUGCUUCAAAACUUAUGGAAUCAUUGUCGUUUUGUUUAUGGACCUGGUCUUACAAUGUGUUAACGGGUACCUGAGCUCUCCUCAUGUUGGCCAGGAGCCCCCCUACACCAGAGAUGCUCAGCAUGGACCUGUAAUCACCAGUCCAGUAGUCCCUGCUGCAGCCUCAGUGUCUCCUGCAGAUGAAGAGAACUACACGUCCAAGUGUCCCAGUGGGGGUUUGUGCAGCCGUCUGCCAGCUGAUUGCAUUCACUGCAAUUACCAACACAACUGCACCUACAAGAAACCAGCUUCUUUCACUUGUAAACCCAAAAAAGGAGUUCACUGUAUAGGAGAGUCAGGACAGCAACAAACCAGCUUCUCUCUCUCCAUCUCUUGUCAAUUCUGCUGGCAACUGGACCCAUCCCAAUACCGCUGCUCAAACUCUACUAACUGUAUGACAGUGUCCUGCCCACGCAAGCGCUACAACGCCACCUGUGACGUGUUAGACCACGUACAUUGUUUAGGUAGAAGACGAUUUCAGAAACGUCUGUUUUGUAACUGGACUGGUGGAUACAAGUGGUCAACAGCAUUAGCACUCAGCAUUACACUUGGUGGUUUUGGGGCAGAUCGGUUUUAUUUGGGCCAGUGGAGAGAGGGUCUGGGCAAACUGUUCAGCUUUGGAGGCCUGGGCAUUUGGACUCUGAUAGAUGUUCUCCUGAUCGGGGUCGGUUAUGUGGGACCUGCUGACGGUUCGCUCUACAUCUGAAGGAAAGCUCUGGAGACAUGGCUAUAUGGUUUGUGCCCUCUUCUGCUUCACACCGCUUGACUCUCAAAGACUGAAGAUCUGCGAUGCUGUGUUCUUAGCACGUUUGCCUGUCCAAGCUCACUGUGCAACACGUCCUCAUCCCAUCUGCUCAGGCAGGAAGUGUUUUCCUCACUACACCAACGAUGACUCUACCCACACAACCAUCAGAUCUAUCCCAAUCAUUCUGCGUCCGUCUCCUGUUGAGAUUCUGCAGAUGGAGCUGUGCUGGGGGAUGAGGAGACAGUAAUUAUUGGCUCUCUGGUUGAUUUGACUUAACUGGUGGUUAGACUCCUUCAUGCUGAUAUAUAGAUAGGUUUGGUUUCCUGUGCAGCAUUGCUUUCAUGGACAUCCUGUCACCUUGGAGCUGUGUGUUGCCUCUCGUUUAUUGCAAGGUAAAAGCACUGAUGGGGUGAAAUGCUAACCGUGGCUACAGAGCUAUUUAUGAUGAUACCAGACACAGUAGAAAAGCUGAAAGGUAAUAUUUAUGUCUUGAAAGUAAGCAUGAAUGUGGAGAAGGGAAUAUGUUCAGGUGUUCUUAUUCAAAACAAAUAGUUGUUCUUGGUGAUGAACUCAGUGGUUCUUACUUAGGUUUUCCCCAUACAUUUAGUCAGCAGUGCAGGCCACGACCAUCAGAAAAUUGCUCUCAAGUCUAGAUAAAUGAUACUGUGGCUUUUUGAAAGCUCAAAUCAAAUGUUGAAAAAAUGAAAUUUCAUUGAUACAUAUGUUAUAUAAAUAAUAUAAGAGCUACGUUAUGUUCAAACUGGAACUGGUAGAGAAUCAGAAGUGCAGGGGCAAGAACUUUACUUUCUGUCACUUGCUGCAACGUGUAAUCAGAUUGUUGGGAAUUGCAGAUACAGAUCAUUACAGAUGAUAAUUUCUCUCAGUAUGUUUGUACAUGAUAAACAUUGCAACACUUCAGUGUGUUGCACUAGCAAACUGCAGUUACUUGCCGUUUCCCGUGUUGGAGAUAUCGUUGUAAGACUGUAAGAUGAGAUUGAGAAUGCGUGGCACAAAUGCACUCACCUCUCACGUCAUGUAAAUAUGUUUUCUUUCUUCAAUGUGUGGUCAUUAUAAACUGUUGAAACACUGUAAAUGACCUUUUUAAGUUAUGUAAAUAAAAUUGUGAAAUAUUGUA